AUGGCUGAAGAGUACGAGGAUAUCCUCGACUCUAUUGAAGAUGAUAACGACUAUUAUUCUGGGCUAGACGAUGAUCUCUCGCCGCCCUCACCAGCCGUCUCAGAGCCCGCCAGUGCGGACCACCUCGACUCCGACUUCUCCAAAAUCGAUAUCUCGUCUGAAGGUUCGUCAUGGGUCGAUCCUCUUGAAUCUGCCAUUACGGCCACGCGCAAUGGGUCAGCGUCAGUCCUGAGCACUCUAUCUCAGUUUACCACGAUUCUAUCACGGACCGGUAUACACGGCCCUCGUCUCUUGAAGGCAGGGAAUCUCGAUGCACAAGCUACCAAGAUAGGGUCUGGAGGCCAGUUCGUCGUCUUCAAGGAUCCAAUCUUUGAGGGUCAAGUCAUCAAACGUGUCAGGGUCCCACUUUCAAGUAAAGGACCGGAUCGAUUCGCAGCAAGCAUUGAAUAUCGUCAGCAACUAAAGACGCUGGAGUUGGAGAUUUUGUCUCUCUGCAAUCCUUUGCUUCGAUCGCACCCGAACAUCACAAGCCUGUUAGCAUGGGGUUUUGACUUCCCCUCAACUGACCUGGCGGUCCCGGUACUGUUCAUGGAAGCCGCAAUCUUGCCCUUGGAUGACUUCCUCAAGGCAGAGCCGCGUCCCUUUGAAGUCAGAUAUCAAUUCGCCCUGGAUAUUGCAAAUGGACUAGAGGCUCUGCAUCACCUGAGAAUCGUUCAUGGAGAUGUGAAACCGGAGAAUGUCCUCGUAUUCGCCGGUCGCACUGAAAAAGUGCCGUUCUGCGCGAAAUUAAGUGACUUUGGUGUCUGCCUUGACUUGGAGGCCUCGGACGGUCAUGCAACUGCGGCUGAUUAUCGCGGGACAGAUGCCUGGCGGGCACCUGAGCUGAACAAUGACACAGUCGGCCAAUUCGGGCAUUUCUCACCCGGGCUGCUGUUCAAGUUCGAUGCCUACAGCUUUGGUCUGGUGCUUUUAUCGUUGUUCACCAGCCAGGGCCAAGCUCUUCACUUUGGGAAGUCCCAUCAAGAUGUAUCAGGGAAGGUCUCUGCUCUACUGAGAGACCAGCAGGAUAUCACAUCCGAUACUCGUCUGGAAUUAGGCAAAAGCAUCAGAAACCUACUUGCUGAGGAUCCUCGAGAACGAAGAUUGCCGUCUGCAAGUAUGCUGAAAAUUGACAGUCCUGCAUAUGCCUCAUGGCUCGCCGCCACUCAAUCAAAUACUGUCAAUAAUCACGUCGGCAUCAUCGAUCCCAUCUACAACAAAGGACCUCUAUUCUGGUACAGACUUGACCACAGUAUCCGCACCGAGCUGGAGGUUCAAAAUCGCAUUGGCAAAGAAAACGAUGGUCCACCUUUUGGAGGAGACGUCCUUCUGGGAAUUGCGCAGACCAUCACCGGCGAGAAGCCAUCCUAUCUCGACCGCAUGUUGACAUACCUAGAGGACGCCGCAACGGCCAAAUACUCCCCAGCUAGGGCAAUUUAUGCCCAGAUCAUGGCAUCACACCGUCGCACUCCCGGGUUUUGCCAAGUAGAGAUGGACAAGUGGGCCCUGCAAGCAGUGUCAGAGGGAUACCUCUUUGUCGAUACUGCGCCUUAUGGAAAGGACAGGUGUGAGCUCGCAAAAGAAAGUUUCAGACAUCACGGUGGAUUCUGUUCGGAUCCAUUCUUACUCAAGAAAGACGUCAAAGCUGCCAUGAAUGGAGACUUGGCCACAGCAUGGAUCUCGAAAAAUGGUGCUGUGGUUGACCGAAUCGGUAACACACUACUACAUGCUGCUGCUGCAUUUGGGGAAGUUCGUGUAAUCAAAGACCUUUUGGACUCUCAACAGGUCCACCCAAAUUCAGAAAAUGAUAACGGCGAGACGCCGCUGUACAAGGCGUUUCAGGCUGGACAUGCCGAAGCAAUUGAACUUUUGCUCCAGCGUGGAGCUGAUGCAGGCACGAAGACCCGACAGAAAGCUACACCGCUUCAUUGGCUAUUCAUGAUCCCUGAACAGGCAAUCGACAAGAUUGCGAGAUUGAUGGCCCAAGGUGGAGCAGACGUCAAUGCACUUAUUGAGCCAGUUGUGAAAGCGAAUAGCGGUGGGUUUCAGGAGAAGAUUCAGAUAUUUCAUUACCCCUUUGAACUUCCACAUGGUGCGCCGCUCCAUUGGGCAUGCUUUUUCAGAAAUCAAUCGGCAAUGGACACAUUGCUCUCUUUGGGGGCGGAUGUCAAUGCUUUCUACCAUGCAGGUGACGCGUCGUCUACACCUUUAUCUUUGAUGGCGUAUUUCGGCGAGACCAAAAUCGUCAAAUACUUAGUAUCACAUGGAGCUGAUGGCACUUUGCUUGACUCCAUGGGACGCAACGCCCUGCAUGCAAUUUCAAAGUACUUCCCAGAUCGACAUGGCUACCUCCCACGUCAUUGGCAUUACUGGAUCCGUCACGGAACUUGGGAGCAUCAUGAGAAGGACAUGAUAGAUCUUGUUCAAGCUCUGAUUCAGUCUGGUGCAGAUCUGAAUGCAAAAGACAAAGGAUACCCAUCAUUGACUCCAAUAGCUGCUGCCGCCGAACUAGGAGUUUGGAAUGGAGGCGCCAUCAGUGCAUUGUUAAAUGCUGGUGCUGAUCUUGAAUCGUCGUUGCUUUCUGCUGGCGAUACGGUACUGCAUACAUGGGCUUCCAUUGUAGGGCCGCGACUGGAUUAUCCCGAGUCAUACCUAUCGACCCUCGAGAGAAUCGUCGCAGCGACGCCCAAUAUUGAUAUUGCAAACAAGUUUGAUGAAGAUGCUCCACUACAUCUGCUGACCACGACAUACCAUGAGGAGGCCGAAUUUGAAGCAGCAUUCGAAAUCAUGUCAGCACACCACAAGCGCCCAAAUAUCAAUGCAAAGAAUCAUCUUGGACAGACUCCGCUCGCCAUUGCACUUGAAACUGCGUGGGAUCCAGCCCGCCGUGGCCUCUUCUUACUCGACAAGGGUGCUGAUCCGUGUGCCCUUCACGUCCGAGAUCGAGAUAUCUUCCAUUCAAUGGCGAAUAAUGCUGUUCUCACUGACCAAGCAACCUGCGAUUUGAUCCGCAAGUUUCUCAACCAUCUCGAUCUCAAUAUUGAGAAUGCAUACAAGCAGCAUUAUCUCACGAAUCCCAAGAGCCACGAAAGCUUAAUUGCAGCCGCAAGUCGCGGCAAGCCUUCAACAGUAAAACUUCUACUCUCUUUAGGACUCCUCGAACACCUCAACGAGGUCGAAAAUUCCAAGUCUCCCCCCUGGACAGCACUUGAUCAUGCUCUUCACGCUGCAGAACUCAGCCGUCGUGCACACAUCCAGAAACUAGCUUCUUACAGAGCUGGCCCGUCUCGCCAAAGAGCACUGGAAGCACAUCUUGUCUAUGAACCCAAUCAAGGGCCACCAGCUCGUGCAGCUGAAGCCUACAAACUCUUUCCUGAAGUCAUUCAGAUUCUUCGCGCCGCGGACGCGCUGAGAACUUGUGAGAUUCAGGGCCUCUCCAGCGGUGAUUACAUCCAGCAGCCUCGAGAAUUCGAUGGAAAUGAAUUGAGUCACUAUAAGUUCACACCGGACACACAACCAAAUAGGGAGAUGUGGCAGGUCUUGUACGAUGAAGCAAAAUAUGAGAGUCGUGGAUGGCUGGACAAAUUGAAGGUUGGGAUCUUUGGUAUCAAGAAGUGA